CCAGUUUAAACAGUAUCUAGUUAAGGUGCAAGUAAAAAACAGCUAACCGUAUGGACUUGUGUUGUGGUCUUUAAAAAGAACCAAAUACUCUAAUAUAUUACAAGAAAAAAAAACUGGGUUGAGGGACUCGUGGUGUUCUGAGAUACUCAAUCCACUAAACAAACAUCCUAAUAGAAUUUUUUUUUUUUUUUUUGGCAAAAGGGAGAAGGAACAUGCUCACGCUACCUAAAACAAGACAUUUAUAUGCUGGAUGGAAUGAAAAGCUACAACCAAAAACAGAAUUAGAAACUGCUAACAUGCUAUCAGGCAUUCUUGCCGGGAACAUGCACACUAUGAAUUUUACUUCCAAGAAUUUGUUAAGGCUGAGUCUGAAGGCAUCCUGCAAAAUACUGCCAGUAGUUGGAAGAAAUGCCCACUACAGAAGUUGGCCACUUAUGAACUCCUCUUUGCACUUGAAGCGUGGCUGUCGAUUUCUUGGGGCACCUGCUAAUGUAUUGGGCACAAAACGAUUUGUACAGAAGCACUCCAGUGCUCUAGCGCCAAAGAAAAACUCUGAGACCGAGGAGAACAACAGCCAUUUAGACCAAAAGUUUACGCUGUUGUACAGGUUCCCAGCCAUUAAAUUUCUUCGAGUGGUUUCAAGGCUUAAACUGCUUCAGACUGGCAUCACCAUUGUUGUGCUUCCCUCAGUAUAUUACCUUUAUAUUCAGGGUCAGGCCACAUAUACACUCUUUGCCUACAGCACUGGCAUUGCCAUCUUUGCUGCAGUGAUGCUUUACUCCAUGAGCCAUUAUCUACGUCGAGUAAUAGGAAUGAUGUACCUAAAUGAGAGCAAAACGGUUCUAAAAGUUUCUCAUCUUACAUUCUGGGGUAAGAGGCAUGACUUCUAUGUUCCAGUGCAAGAUGUUAUACCACUUGGGGACACUGGCGACUCUCAUAAUGAAGUGCUAUUACAGUUUAAGCGUUACAGCCAGCCAGAAGUGUUGUACUUCACUUGCAGGCUGGGUCAGGUUAUUGAUAGUGAAAGAUUUAUACACGUCUUUGGAAAAUCGUGAUGGAGAGCGUCAGGCAAUCCGUGACUAGCGCCUAUAUGACGCAUGCAGUGACAGCAGCACCAGGCUGUGUGUGUGCACUUCACAGGAAUUGGACGUCUGCUCAGAGAAUAAACUGCUGUACAGGAGCAAACCUCCAAUGACGUGAAGAAGGCCAUACAGGAGUCUGGUCACUUGGGCCGGUUUGCAAACGUAAGUUCUGUUAAUUGAUGUAAAGUACCAAUGGAAAUGUUUUUUCCAUGAUGGCUUAUGGAAUUAAACAGUUCUUGUAU